AUGGAUAACUUUGUCUCUUUCACUAAAACCUGGCAUAACAAGCCAUACCCCUCCAUUGACCCAACUCGCCCGGAGCUCAGUGCAGCCAGUAAAUUUGUCGCGAUUACUGGUGGUGGUACAGGUAUUGGCAAGUCAAUCGCUAUUGCCUUUGCGCAAGCCGGAGCGUCAACCAUCGCUAUCCUUGGAAGACGUCUCGAUAGACUUGAGACAGCUGCAGCCGAGAUCGCAGAGGCCAGUGGAGGCAAAACAAAUGUCAUUUUCGAGGCCGUCGACAUCAGCCAGCGUAGCAAAUUAGAUGCUGCGGUCACAAACCUGGUCAAGAAAGCGGAUGGCGCUAAUAUUGAUAUCCUCAUCAGCAACGCCGGCGUUUCUCCCGAUGUGGGAGCAGUCGUCGGUUUCGAUGAAGCAGAGUUUCGUCGGGGCAUCGAACUCAACGUCAUUGGCGCCUUCAACACCCUCCAGUCCUUCGGUCCUUUUCUGACCAGCAAUGCCUACAUCUUCAAUACAUCAACCGGAAUGGUGCACCUGAGGCCGAUCGCUCAAGGCUGGGCGUAUACUGCCGUCAAAGCCGCCGUCUUCAAGAUGUUCGAGUACCUGCAGGACGAUAAUCCCGAGUGGCACGUUGUCCAGAUUCAGCCUGGCGUCAUUCGCACUGAGCUGAAUGAGAGGUUUGAUAUUGUCGGGCAGGAUGAUCCUGCGCUUGCAGCUCAAUUCUAUGUUUGGCUUGCGUCACCAGAGGCGGAGUUUCUCAAGGGUAAAUUUGUCUGGGUGAACUGGGAUGUCGAUGAGCUGAAGGCUCGCGCUGAUGAGAUGAAAAACUCUCUCCUUUUCAAGUUGAUUCUCAACGGUGUACCCAUGUGA